CGGAGAGGUAAGAAAAUGAAAUUUAUUGGGUAAAUAAAAAAAGAUUUGGUACCAAAAAAAAAAGUUUAUUGGUAUUUUCUACAAUCCUACGGGAAAGUAGCGAGACACAGAUAAAUUACAGAAUAUCCGGAGAACAGAAUCUGAUGAAACCAUUUUUGGUCAAUUAGACGAAGAAAUUAUUGGUUGUAGAUCAAAUAUGGAUCAUGAUUUAGAUGAGAAAGAUAACCUAAGGGAUCGGAUAAAACAACUUGAACAUGAGCGUAAUGAGCUACAGAAAGAUAUUGAACAGUUGUGCAUGCAACAAGCUGGUCCUAGCAUUCUUGGUGUUGCUACUAGGAUGCAUUUCCAGAGGACAGCUAGCUUGGAGCAAGAGAUAGAGAGCUUAAAACUGAAGUUGGCUGGUUGCACAAGGGAGAAACACAAUCUUCAAGAGGAGCUUGCAGAAGCUUACCGUGUAAAAGCUCAGUUAGCAGAAUUACAUGCUGGAGAAGUCGCUAAGAACUUGGAAGGUGAGAAGCAGCUUAGAUUUUUCCAGAGUUCUGUGGCAGCUGCUUUUUCUGAAAGGGAUAAAUCAGUAAUGGAGGCUGAGAAAGCUAAAGACAACGCUGAAGUAAUGUCUCAGAAACUUGGUGAAAUUGAGACGCGGUUGGAAGAACUCAGCUCAGACUGUCUUGUUCAGAAGAGACUAAAUGACAGUUUGCAAGCUGACUUGGCGAAACUUGAAGAACAGACUAGAACAUAUGCAGAGGUGAUUGAGAAGUUCUAUGAUAUUCGUAAAGAUUCGCUCUGCGAGUCCCUUGAAAUGAGUUUGCAUGAUAAGUCUGCAAGUUUAUUGGAUGAUCCUAAAGAAUCAUGGACUUUCAAUGAUCCUUCAACAUCAGAUUAUGUAACAGGCUGCACUUGAAGGAGAGCUGGGAAAGGUUAAGAACACUGUGGAUAAUCUUCAGAGUAAACUACGAGUGGGCUUAGAAAUUGAGAAUCAUUUGAAGAAGAGGGUUCGUGCGUUGGAAAAGAAGAAUAUUGUUGCAGAUGGGCAGAUUGUUAAUGGCAUUACAGAUAUGCGCCAUCAUCAUUCUCAACUGAGGGCCUACAUCAUUAAUUUACUUAAUGAGGAAGGAUUAUACAUCAAAUCGAUUUCCAAAGAUCUAGAAGAAAAAAUUAAGCUUCAUUCGUUGGACAUACAGAAUGUAGUGCCAUUGAAACAUGAUUUGAAGCCAGAUGAAUCUGAAUGUCGGGAUGUGCAUACAACCACAGUUGUCGAAUCUUGCCAAGUAACUAAGCUUGAGGAACCUAACUUCGCCAAAUUCACGGCUGAAAGUGGAGCUGAUGCAUCUGAAGCCUUUGCACAAGCAUUAGAAGAGAAGGUUGGAGCACUUUUACUUUUAUCACAGCAGGAAGAGAGGCAUUUAAAUGAAGGAAAUGUCAAUGCAGCUCUCCAGCAGAAAGUAGAUGAGCUUCAAAGGAAUGUCUUGCAGGUUACCAACGAAAAGGUGAGAACCCUUCUGGAGUUAGCACGAGUACGACAGGAAUAUCAAUCGCUAAAAGACAAAAUGAGUGGUACAAGGGAGGAAGAGACAACGGAAAGUAGUGGCAGAAUAGUUAUCAGCAAUGAGAAAGAGGGAAGACUAAAGAAUAUGUGGAAGAAGUCUUACAUAAAUCGUUGGAUUGACCCAAGUUCAAGAGAAGGAGGUCACUCGAAAACUGAAGCAGAUUGUGCCGGUAACAUUGAUUAUGCCAGAAUACGCAACUCUAAAAGAGAGCCUGGAAAGCAUGGGACACUUAAUUACUUCAAUCCGCAGGCUUCGUCUAGCACUCUUGAAGGUAAAGGAAUCGAAUGACACUGAAACAGCUGCGAGAAGACGCGAAGUAGCAAUUGCCAACAUCCUUGUGGAAGCAACCCAUUUAAAGACUGCACUUGGCAUCUCCAUACCCAUUAGCUGGUCUGCUGAAUCAGACAUUGAACCAGUUGCUGAUGGCGAAGAAUCAAGCUGUGAGAAAACGGAUUCUGUUUCUGCUGCAGGGUUUGAGAUGGUGGAGCUUGUGAUUCUAGCAGCUGAUAUAAUGAAAGAACAACAGUAAUGAAAACUCAUUCUUCAAAUCUCUAGUGGCAAUGUGAGUUGGUUUGUGCAUAUGGUUUAUUGAGAAACCUUUCAUCAGUUUCAAAGCUUCAUUUAGGUUGGUUUAGUAGUUUAGAUUCGUAAGAAUUUAACCUUUAUUGAGUUGUUGUUCAGCAUUCUUAUAAUACAGAACAUUGAAACUGACAUAUUAUUGAUUAUAAUUGUGGAAGUACAAUAACUUGAGGAGUUUGAUGAUGGAGCUUCUCCCACAAAACAAUAUGCAUGCCCCUUUCAAAUGAACCAUAGCUCCUUGAGAGCAACCACAAUAAACCCUAGUUAUUGUAAUAAUACUUGGUUUUUUAAGCAUCAAUUUCAAGUUGAGCCACUUGAAGAUGACCCAUCUCUUUAGUUACCUCGAAGCUGAAGCUGGUGGAAAAAUUCUUCAUCGAUGGAUUAGUUACAGUCACUGUGUAAUGUCCAUGGAGCAGUGAAAUCUCUGGUGAAAACCCAAUUAUUUG